UUUAAAAUUGAUAAUUUCACAGCAGUGUAUUGUAUAUACACGUGAUAAGUAUUCUAACCUUAAUUUAAAAAAAAUAAUUUUAAAAAAAUCAUGGGACGUCGUAAAAAGGGUCGUUGCGUAAAAAGAAAUAAGCAAAUUAAUACAGAAGAAAAUCCAGAUGUAGUAAAAGCACCUCAUUCAUUUGUAAUUCAUCGUGGAAUACCUGGAGAACAUAUUGUUGAGCUUACAAAAAAUUUUCGUAAAAUUAUGGAACCUUUUACAGCAAUGUCUUUAAGAAGAAAAAAGAAUACAAUUAAAGAUUUUGUAUCUAUAGCUAGCAUACUACAUGUUACACAUAUGUGUAUAUUUUCCAAAACAGAACAAGGAAUGUAUUUUAAACUUUGCAGGUUACCAAGAGGACCAACACUUACAUUCAAAAUACAUAGUUUUUCAUUAUCACGUGAUGUAAUAUCUUUAAUAAAAAAGCAAAUGGUAUAUGAAGAAUUAUUUAACAAUUCUCCAUUAGUAAUAUUAAAUAAUUUUAGUGGAGAAGGUAUGCAAUUAAAGCUUAUUGCUUCUAUGUUUCAAAAUAUGUUUCCUACAAUAAAUUUGACUACAGUUAAUUUAAGUACCAUUCGUAGAUGUUUGUGUUUAAAUUAUAAUGCAACAUCAAAAACUAUUGAUCUUAGGCAUUAUGCAAUUAAAGCAACACCUGUUGGUUUAUCAAAAGGUGUUAAAAAACUAGUUCAAGCUAAAAUACCAAAUUUAUCUAAAUGUGAGGAUUUUUCUGAUUUUUUAACAAAAGAAACAGUUUCUGAAAGUGAAGUUGAAGAUGAUCCUUUGAAUCAUGUUACAUUGCCACAAAAAUUAUCUUCACGUGGUAAUUAUGCGAAUAAUAAAAGUGCAAUUAGACUUUCUGAAUUGGGUCCUAGAUUAACAUUAGAGUUAAUAAAAGUUGAAGAUGGACUUUUGGAUGGUGAAGUACUUUAUCAUGAAUAUGUUCAUAAAUCUGAAGAAGAAAAACUACUUAAUAAAAAAAAAACGAAGAAGAAAAAAAGAAAAUUAGAAAGAAAAAAGAAAAAAAAAUAACAAGAAGAAAAUAAGAAAAGAAAAGAAUUACAGAAACAAGAACAUAAAGAAAGAUCUUUAAAGGGAAUGCAGAAAAAGAAAGAAAAUGAAAUAUUAUUACAAAAAAUUGCAAAAGAAUCAGUUGAAGAAAAUAAUAUAGAGGAAGAUGAUGAUGCACAAUAUUAUCGUGAUGAAAUAGGAGAAGAACCUGAUGAAGAUUUAUUUGAAAGAAAAGUUGGUAACAAAAGACUUAAAAAAUUUACAUCUAAACAUAAGAUAAAAAAACAAAAACUUAGUAAGUCAUGA